ACGAACGCUGAUGCUAUGAAGGCAACAAGCAACCUCAGUUACAGCCACUCCGUUGCAGUAGCUAACACCAGCGCCAGCUCAAGCUCCACGCCCACAUCUUACUCUGCAAGUAGUAGCAGCACUUCGGCCGCGUGCUCACAACUUACCACCCCUACCGCACCGGCUGUAUCGGCAUUGGUUUCAGCCGCAACAGCAACAACGAAAUCAACAAAGACAAAACCUGCAAUCAAAACGUCAAAGGUGAGCUUUGCACCGCUAGACAUAACCUUCCCGCCUCCGAACACAACCUCCAACAUUAGCAGCUGCGCUACAACGGCCACGUGAUACGAAAAUCCCAA